GGGGGCAAGGACAGAGUGAAGAAUUUAGGAUGAAAAUAUGGAUGUGGUGUUUCAUGAAAUCACACACGGAGUGUGGAUUUGAGGGGGGUUAAACUAGGAGGGCAAAGACUUGAAUGAGUUGAAAUUCAUAAGGAAUAAGAAAGUAACAAGAAACUGGGACAGGAAAACGUAGGUAAAAGAUGGAUGAGCUGGAAGAGCGUGUGCCUAAAGGCAUAGUGGAGAACUCUUUAGAUUGUGUAGGUGGUCAUUUUCCUAAUUAGCAAGUGUCAGUGAAAUUAAACGAUUAAGCUUAGUCUUUUCACUCCUUCAAAUGUUUUACAGCAAAGGUAAUGGCCAGGUCCUUCUGUUGUGAAGCAGGAAGUAACACUAGCAAUAAUAUCCACUCAGGGCAAUUUUGUUGAGGUUUUUGUUUUCUUCCUUCUGUCUUGGAGAACUACACAUGUAAAAUGUAGCAGCAGCAGCCUUAGGAAAUGCCAGUUAAAGCUGAUGGGGCAGCCUGGUUUGGCUCUGUCCCUUACUGUGCUAGGCGGUCUGAAUGCAUAUUAACAGUAGUUUUUCUCUUUUUGCCGAAGACCCUCAUUUUUUGCUGCAAGUUAGUUAAUGUGUAAUGUGUAAAUAGCUAGUUAAAUAUUUGUUUCAGUCUCCUUUUGUGUGGCUUCACAUUUACAGCAAACAAGUUAAAAUGCUUUGAAACAAAACUUGCUGAUUUUUCCUAUUCCAAGUUCCAAUGUUCAUCAUACCAGUGUAUGUGCAUGUAUUGUUUUGGAAAAUGCCAAGCCGGAAGUAUGCUGAUGGUGAGGUGGUGAUGGGUCGUUGGCCAGGAAGUGUCCUGUACUAUGAAGUGCAAGUGACUAGUUAUGAUGAUGCUUCUCAUCUUUAUACUGUGAAGUACAAAGAUGGUACCGAACUUGCUUUGAAGGAAAGUGAUAUAAGGUCACAAUCGUCAUUCAAGCAAAGGAAAAGCCAGUCUUCUUCGAGUUCUCCUUCCAGAAGAAGUAGAAGCAGGUCUCGAUCCAGAUCUCCUGGUCGGCCAGCAAAAGGCAGACGUCGCUCCUCUUCCCACAGCAGAGAGCAUAAAGAUGACAAAAAGAAAAUAAUUCAGGAAACCACUUUAGCUCUACCGAAACCAAGUGAGAACAACACCAGAAGGUACAAUGGUGAACCUGACAGUACGGAAAGAAAUGACACAUCCAGCAAACUCUUGGAGCAGCAAAAAUUGAAACCAGAUGUGGAAAUGGAGCGAGUGCUCGAUCAGUACAGCUUGCGUUCAAGAAGAGAAGAAAAGAAAAAAGAAGAGAUCUAUGCAGAGAAGAAGAUUUUUGAGACGAUAAAAACUAUGGAGAAACCAUCAUCAAAAACAAAAGAGCUUGAAUUUGGUGGAAGAUUUGGGACCUUCGUGCUGAUAUUUCUCCUGCCUGCUACUGUGUUGUACUUACUGUUAAUGUGCAAACAGGAUGACCCCAGCCUUAUGAACUUCCCUCCUCCUCUCCCAACACUCGAAAGUCUUUGGGAAACUAAAGUGUUUGGCGUCUUUCUUCUGUGGUUUUUCUUUCAAGCUCUGUUUUACUUAUUGCCAAUAGGAAAGGUGGUGGAAGGCCUGCCUCUUUCAAAUGGAAGGAAGCUGCAGUACCGGAUCAAUGGGUUUUAUGCUUUUGUUUUGACUGCUGCAGCUAUUGGAACCCUACUGUAUUUUCAGUUCGAACUUCAUUAUUUGUAUGAUCACUUCAUACAGUUUGCAGUGUCAGCUGCAGCUUUUUCUAUGGUAUUGAGCAUUUAUUUGUAUAUUCGGUCCUUGAAGGCACCUGAGGAAGACCUGGCACCAGGAGGAAAUUCUGGAUACCUUGUUUAUGACUUCUUUACUGGACACGAAUUAAACCCUCGUAUUGGCAAUUUUGACCUCAAGUACUUCUGUGAGUUACGUCCAGGAUUAAUUGGCUGGGUUGUCAUAAACUUGGCAAUGCUCUUGGCUGAGAUGAAGAUACAUAAUCAAAGUAUGCCAUCGCUGUCAAUGAUACUCGUGAACAGCUUUCAGCUUCUGUAUGUGGUGGAUGCUCUUUGGAAUGAGGAAGCUGUUUUGACCACAAUGGAUAUUAUCCAUGAUGGGUUUGGAUUCAUGCUGGCAUUUGGAGAUUUGGUGUGGGUUCCAUUUGUCUACAGUCUGCAGGCCUUCUAUUUAGUUGGACACCCUAUUGCAAUUUCUUGGCCCGUCGCAGCUGCAAUUACUAUUCUGAACUGUAUUGGGUAUUACAUAUUCCGUAGUGCGAAUUCUCAGAAAAAUAAUUUCCGAAGGAAUCCAGCAGAUCCCAAGUUGUCCUAUCUGAAAGUGAUACCCACUGCAACUGGAAAAGGGCUUCUUGUCACAGGUUGGUGGGGGUUUGUUCGUCACCCCAAUUACCUUGGUGAUAUCAUCAUGGCACUGGCGUGGUCUCUACCCUGUGGUUUUAAUCACAUUUUGCCGUAUUUCUACGUGAUUUAUUUCAUCUGCUUGCUUGUUCAUCGAGAAGCUCGUGACGAACAUCAUUGUAAGAAAAAAUAUGGUUUGGCAUGGGAAAGGUAUUGUCAGCGUGUACCAUACCGCAUAUUUCCUUACAUCUACUAGAGCACUCCACAUACCUGAUCUGCAAAUUAAAAUAUACCUCUCACCUUUGCACUUGGUCGAUUUGUUAUCUAGGCUUUAAACAUUAAAUGUGACCAAACGAUGGAGUGCUUUUCAACAAGUAUUUGCAAGUAAUCCUAAAUGCUUAUGAGUUAUGUGAACUGACUUUCUAUGACCUCAAUUUAAGAAAAAAAAAUUGUGAAUUUUAAAAAGUCUUGGAGCCCUAAUUUUUCAAGCUAAAUUUUAUCUAGAAUUCUGAGUUUACAUUUUUUUUUAUUGCAUUAAUUAAGCACUGUGAUGUAAAGUAUAUUAUUUUCUUAAUACAAUAAACACAGGAGUUCCAUCCAGUGAAUUUUUUUGGUGUUACUUGUACCAUCUAACUUCAGAUGUCUGACUGAGCUGAGUGCAGAGAGCAGAGGCUCUGGGCAGCGGAGCUGUGAGCGGAGGAUUCAGCUCCCAGAAGGGCCCACGCUCUCUGUGUGUCGCCCUGUGGCCCCUGGCCCGGGGCAGUGGGAUUUUUGGUCAGGAGGGCUCUGAAUGGCCCCUGCUGACCUGUCCUGCCAGAGGAUGGAUGGAAGGGAAGGAGGGUGCAAAUAUCCCCUCCAUCCUACCUCUCUGAGGCUAGAGCUGCUUUGGCAAUGCCCCAGCCCCCCUGCAGGGGCUCAGACCCCUGAAGGUAGAUGAUACAAAGGCAGAGCUGUGGGAGCGGUGAAUUCUAAUCUGGCAUCUUAACAGUGAGCCCAGGAGUAGCAAAAGGUGCAACGUGUGCAUAUUUGACAGAAAAGAAUAAAAUGACCACAGUUGGCUUAUUCUGAUCUUUGUAAAAUAUGUCUUAAUGUACCAUAGCGUUUCCCAAGUGUGUAUAAUAAAGCUUCCAGGUUUUUUGCUGUACAGUGUUUGGAUUUGAAAACGCGCUUUUUUAGGAACAAGGAGAAAUUUUUAACUAAAUCCAUUUCCAGUAAUUUUUUAAAAAUGUUCAUUUAAUAAAGGUUUUUGUAAAUUAAUGUAUGAAUUCUCAAAACAAUUGAAGUGUUCAUUUAAAUAUUUGUAUUGACAGAUAUGCUAUGAAAAUGUGGUAAGUGCUCCUCUGUCCAAAGUGGGUUUUUUGUGUUUUUUUUUUUCAAUUUGGCAUUGCUACCUCAUAUGUAGGUUUUGCCUUUUGUACUGUUGCAGAUAGAGAUAAUAGCUAUUUUUUUGCUACUGCUAUUUAAACCAACUUUUUUUACAUGAGCCUGUGGUUCAACUCAGCCACGUUCUAAUAUAUUUUUGUAUAUAUUUGAAUUUCUAACUAAUGUAUGUGUUCUAGGCAUUAGUUGUUUUCUUUGUCUAACUGGCUGUAAAUCGGAUGCCACUGAAGUAUUUUGCUUCAUAAGUAGAGUAAUUUUAUAUUUUACUGAAAUAACCUUGCAUUAACUAACUAGAGCUAGCAUUUACUUCCAUCUUCACAAGGGUUAACUUUUCACAUACUUCCUAUGUGAGGUUCAUAGCACAACUUCUCCCCAAGGCUUAUUAGAGUCAAAUGUAGCAGGGAGGGAAUUGCAAGUAUGUCUGCAGUUGCUUGCAGGAAGAUUACUAACAAAUGAAAAUGUUGCAAUUGGUUAAUUGUGUUCAGUUCUUUUUAAAUACUGAUGUAAUUGAAAUCUAGCAUGUGAUGGGGUUUUUGUUAUUAAUUAAAAACCCUCUGUUUUGCACACAUGCAUUUUUAAUGACAAUUGUACAUGUAAAGUGUAUAUAAUGUAGCUUGCUGAGCUUGACUGUGAGUGUCUUCUGAAAAAUCUGUAUUUUGGUCUUGUAAGGAACACGUGUUAGGACAAGUAUUCUGAUUUCUGCAACAAAUAGCAGUGCCUGUAACAAUACUGAAGAGCAUUCACUUGUGUGAAGCAGCAGAUUAAACUGGGCUUUUUUUAUCUUUUUUUUCUUUAAUGAUUGCUUACCAGAUUAGUAGGAAUAGCAGUCAUUCAACUGUUCCGGCCUGCAGCUGGUGUUUUAAAAUGGACUGAAGCUGGGGACAGUUUAACUCCUCAGCCCUUAAGCUCUGAGUUGCUACUGCCAUCCCAGUUAUAUCUGUUUCCCACACAAGAUUGUUAAACCGCAAUUCAGACCGUUUCCUUUCAGAAAUGGGUCUUGACUGAUAACUUCAGUUUCGUUUAUAUGCUGAAUUUGAUGUGAAUUUGAUUUUGAAGUAACUGUUUUUAAUACAAACAAGCAUACAAGCUAAAAUAAAGCUCUUGCUUAAAAUUA